GCACGCGGUCGUCCGAGAGGGAAGGGGCGGAGGACAGGAUAUCUCUUGUCCAGUUGUUGCGACGGUUUCCGUUUGGAGCCGGAAGAGCCAGGCCGGUGGCGGGGCUGAGGGACUGGAGAAGCUGAGCUGGGCUGAGUGGAGGGGUCGGGACUUGUCCCGGCGUAUGCAGAGCCGUAAGACCCUCCAAAAUCUGGCUCCCCAAAGAGCAAGUACUCCGGGGCUUCGCCGCGCACCUAUUUGAUGUUCUAAACCUAACUGCCUUAAUUGCUAUUGAAGAUAAUUAAACAGCAAAUACGAGCAUGGCAACAAAUCCCCCUGGACAAGACUAGACAUCCGGUCCAAGAGCCAGCUACAAGAUAAUGGUCAUAGAGAAGGAGAGAAAAGGAGCAGGUAUAAGAUUAUGAAUGACGAUUUAGCUCAUGACCAACCCCAGGAAGAAGUCAUUCAGUACCAACCAAACUGUUCUCAGAAGGAAAUCAGUGCUUGAAUCUUGGCUGCAAAUGGGUUUUCAAAAUAAGAACCGAGUAGCAAUCCUGGCAGAACUAGACAAGGAGAAAAGGAAAUUACUUAUGCAAAACCAAUCUUCAACAAAUCAUCCUGGAGCCAGCAUUGCCCUCUCCAGGCCCCCCCUUAACAAGGAUUUUCGUGAUCAUGCUGAACAGCAGCAUAUUGCAGCGCAGCAGAAGGCUGCUUUACAGCAUGCUCACGCACAUUCUUCAGGAUACUUCAUAACUCAGGACUCUGCAUUUGGAAAUCUCAUUCUUCCUGUUUUACCUCGACUUGACCCAGAAUGAAGGAAAUAUUUGCAAUGGGAAAAAUAGCUUUGUAAAAUGAACUGCCAAAGUUACUAUCAUUCUGAUUCACUCUGUGCUAAGAAAUGACUCACCUUUUUUUGUGUGAGAUUUUGUAUUUUAUGCCUUCUUUUAAGAAAGGCUCUUUACAUCUAUGCAGGUGAAAUGUACAUAAAUGGUGCAUGUUAUCCAGUCUGUAACCAUACUGUAAUGCACUUCAUUUAUUUAUACCAACAUGCUUGACUCCCUUAAAUAUUUUUUUUUACUUUUAAGUAGGAUGAAGUAUACAAUAAGACCAGGCUAGAAAAUAGAAAACCUACAUAAGGUACUUAACUUGAAGGAAUUGCCAUUUUCCACUCUAAACAAAUAGUGUUGGCCAUAGAAAACAUCAUUCUUCUUGGUGUUUUAUCAGACUGUUAUUAUUAACGUACCUGUUGAAUUCAUAUUCUUCAACAUAAUUGGUUUAGAAAAUAGUCCCAGAAUCUUUUAUGUGGCCUCAUCCCUGGUUUUCCUAAUCUCAAUUUUAAUCCUAGAAGAGAGAAAUUAGACUAAAUUACAAACUAAUAUUAUACCUUUUUUUUAGUAUUUCUUAAAUAUGAAGCUUAUGUAAAUGAUGUUAACACAUAUGAUAUUAAAAGCUGCUGUGACAAUAA